CUGCAACUGCUACCAGCAGCCGACUCCCUUCCUGUCUUCUUCCCCUUCUCCUGAUCUUAAUGGCAAAUCCAGCCUUCCUCCUCUUCUCCCUUGUGAUCUCUCUCUUUCUGGUUAGCUGCAUUUCCUCGAGAACUCCAUCACAACGACGCGCUGAUCAAAUCGUCAAGGAUGAGGAAAAGAUCGUCAAUGGCUCAAGGAGGGGGCUGCAGUACCUUUCAUGCCGGACCGGCAACCCGAUCGACGAUUGCUGGCGGUGCGACCCGAAUUGGGCAUCAAACCGGCAGCGGCUCGCCGACUGCGCGAUCGGGUUCGGCAAGAAUGCAAUUGGAGGAGGGAAUGGAAGGAUUUAUAUUGUGGACGACAAUGGGGACGACGACCCAGUGAACCCCAAGCCCGGCACACUUAGGUAUGGGGUGAUCCAAACCGAGCCCUUGUGGAUCAUCUUUGCCCGGGACAUGGUGAUACAGCUCCAGCAGCAACUGGUCAUGAACUCACACAAGACCAUAGACGGCCGCGGUGCAAGCGUUCACAUAGCCAAUGGCCCAUGCAUCACCAUCCAUGAUGUCAGCAACAUCAUCAUACAUGGCAUCCACAUCCAUGAUUGCAAGCCAUCACCUCCAGGCACCAUAAGGGACUCUCCUCAGCACGCUGGUCGCUGGAUCGAAUCGGACGGCGAUGGCAUCUCCAUAUUUGCAUCUAGGGACAUCUGGGUCGACCAUUGCUCCCUCUCCAACUGCCAUGAUGGGCUCAUUGAUGCCAUUCAUGAUUCCACGGACAUCACCAUUUCCAACAACUACAUGACCCAUCAUGAUAAGGUCAUGCUCUUGGGCCAUAGCGACGCUUACCUGCCGGAUAAAGCCAUGAGAGUUACUGUAGCCUUUAAUCACUUUGGAGAGGGCCUUGUCCAAAGGAUGCCUAGGUGCAGACAUGGAUUUUUCCAUAUUGUGAACAAUGACUACACUCACUGGGAAAUGUACGCCAUUGGUGGGAGUGCGGACCCUACGAUCAUCAGCCAGGGCAACAGAUUUCUUGCACCCAAUACUCGAUUCGAUAAAGAGGUAACGAAGCGGGAGAACGCACCUGAGAGCGAAUGGACGCACUGGAACUGGGUCUCGGAGGGCGAUCUCAUGCUGAACGGAGCCUACUUCCUUCCGUCGGGCUCAGGCGCAGGGGCGGCUACCAGCUACGCGAGGGCUGACAGCCUCAGCGCCAGGCCGGCCUCCUUCGUCCCCUACGUCACCGCCUCCGCCGGAACCCUCACCUGCAGGAAGGGAAGCCAAUGCUAGCGCGGCCGGAGCUCUACCGGCAAUCACUCGCCAACUUCUGCUGGUGGUGGCAGAAAGGGCUAGCGCAACGAGUGAAUGAGUUGCAACAGGAGUAUCUCCUGUUCAAAGUUUUUUUCUCUUUUCCUUUUUGUCUUUUCCCCCUCAAAAAGUUUGUACUGAACUCUCCACCUCGAUAGAUUGCAUGCUUCGGGGUAAAUAGCUUAGAAGGCUGUGUAGGACGAGUUGAUGUGAUCCCACUGUGCUAUGUUCCCUGUCUGUGGGGAGGCACUGUUCAUCACAUUGGGGUUAAUUUACAUGCUUUAUUAUC